GUGACGAGAUUAGUAGAACUUGUCACAUUCGUGGUUUGGCUGCAGACGUGAGUGGUCGUUACCGCGGACUUUCUGCUUUUGUCCAAGGUUAGGAGCAUUUGGCCCAUGUAGAAGGAUGAGUGUGCUAAAACCAAAACAUUCAUUAGUGGGAAAGUCUUUGGUGCCUGUAAUAUUAAAAUUUAAAGCACAAGUAGAGAGGAUAGAGGAAUGUGACCUUAACAGACUAAAAAAAGGACAUGCAUUAACCAGAUAUAAUCUGGAUGAGUUAAGGACAGAGUUUGAAGGACUCACGGGAGAAAGCUCGAGGGAUAUUUUGCUUUUAACUGGGAGAGAAGAGGAUUUUGAUAGUCUGGUUAUAUUGAUGCAUUUCGCCAUAGAGCAGGCAAACAUGGUGGGGGCACCAAAAGGUCAAGUUCUAGUGCAAUCUUCCAGUGCUGAAGUAAACCAGGGGGCGGCUUCAUCUGUUCAAAACAGUGGAGCUGUGGCUUCAUCCUGUUCAGCUGCCACUGCUUCUACUACAUGUAGCUCAUCUGUGUCAACAGCUAGUGUCUCUCAGGCUUCAGGUGACAAGAAUAUGGAAACAAGAUUAAGAGACAUUGAGAGGAAGAUGGAAUCUAUGAAAGAGAAAUCGGGGGAGGAUCAGGUAGAGGAGUGUUUAAGACAAGUUAGGAUAUUGGCUGGUCGUCCUAACCUUACACAGGCGCAUGUCCUCCUGGCUGCUUUAGAAACACUUGUUGAUGUCGCAUUUAGAAAUUCUCACAAAGAUGCUGAUUUCUAUUCAAAAUCUUUCACACAUUGUAAAAAAUAUGAAAAUUGUAAAGAUUUAUGUGGGCUUACUAUGAAACUAUUUGGUUCAGCUGAGGAUAGAAAAAUUGCAAAUGUGGUAGCUGAUUGGCUUAAGGGGAAAAAGUAUGAAGGGUCUGGAGUAGUUGAGGAUAAAGAGAACGUGGGUCAAAAUAGUAACAAAAGUUUGGGAGAUUUGACGGGAAUGCAAGCUAAUUCUUAUCCUUAUGUACCAUUGUUGGGACAACCACAUUUCCCUUUUUCCCCUUAUCCUGUGCCAUAUUCUGGAUACCCUGCACAGAGUUUUGGGUUCCCUCGUCCUUCAGUUAGAGGUAUGGGUAUUCGCCCUCGUAGGGGAAGAUGUUUGUUUUGUAAAGACUUGGGACAUUUUGUAGCUGAUUGUCCAAAAAUGAAAAAAUAAGAAUAAUGUUUGGGUACAUGGCCUUCAACUCGGGGGUUUCUAAUGCCCUUAGUGAUUUUUCACAUGAGUUGAGGGUUGAGUAUCCUCCUCUGUAUUAACUUAUUUUGCAUCCUUUCUAGUUCUUUUAUUCAUUUUGAUUUCAGAAUGAGGUGUUGGUUAAGAAGAGAAAAUUUUGUCCUGUUAUACCUGAUUGGGAAUUUAACUCUGGUUUUGAUCCAGAAUGUAUUGUUCAGAGAGUAAAGGAUGAAAAAUGGGUUAAUUACAGGGGUGAGAAUGCUCAGCCCUCACCUUGUGUGACUGCUGAAGAUGUUGCUAAGAAAAAUGUUAAAUUUGAUUUGGAAAAUCUAAGAUUCAGGGAUCCUAAUAAUUUUAUACCUGGGAAUUUGCAUUCAUCUUUACAUGAGUGGGAAAAAAAUAGAUGCCCCAGAUAAUGUUCUUGAAUGGCUAAAGGAGGGGGUUGAUGUUAAAAAGUUUUUUAAACCUUUUAAAGGAAACUUUAAGGGUAAGAGUUACAGUUCGGAUGUCCCACCCUCAGUUUAUUUUCCAAAUUCUACCUCUUGUGCACAAUUUAAAGAUUAUAUUGUUAAGACAUUGCAUGAAAGGUUGGAAAAUGGUUCUCUUACACUGAUUGGGAAGGUAGGUUUUUGCGAGCCACCUCACUUGGUUUUGCCUCUUACAGUGGAACCUGCAAAACCACGUUUGUGCCAUGAUGAAAGGUUUUUGAAUCUUUGGGUGAAGGAUUGCCCUUUUUCUUUAGAUACUUUAAAAGAUGUUCCACGCUUAGUUCAGAGAGGCAUGUUUAUGUCUAGUAUGGAUGACAAGUCGGGAUAUGAUCAUAUUUAUUUGAGUGAGCAGUCUAAAAAAUAUUUUGGAUUGCAGUUUGGAGGAUGGUUUAUGAUAUUUAAUACUCUUCCUUUUGGAUUUAAAGCAAGUGCGUUUAUUCAUCAAAGUGUAGGUAUGGUGGCUACUAGUUGGUGUAGGUCUUUAGGUGUACCAUGUUUGCAAUACAUUGAUGAUAGAUGGAUUGGGGGAUUUUUGCAGUCUCUUUUCCAUGACCUUGAAGUUUCUCCAAAUGACAGUCACCUGGAUGACAGUCAGGUAGCAGAAAAGGCAUUAUAUAUUGUCUGUCAAGUGAUGAUAAGAGUUGGAUAUUUUCUCAAUAUUAAAAAGUCAGUCUUAGUUCCAGUGAAAUGUAUAA